AUGUCGUUUGUCCCACAUCCCACAGUAAGCGGUGCGCCCGCGCAGUGUCGUGAUUACUACAACGUGACAAUUGCUGAAACGAGACAGGCAAUUUUAAUUCACUCAUCCUCUGAUUUAGAUAAAAUUAAUUACACACGUACAAAAUGUCUCGGGGCACACGAUCGUUCCCGGCAGCGCUCCGGUCCAAUCAGGAGCGUUCCGGUCGCGGCCGACAUCAAACGAGAGGUGAACUUCGACUGCCCCGAAGAGUUUGGCUACUACCCUCACCCAACAGACUGCACGCUCUACUAUGUUUGCGUGUUCGGUGGUGCACUACUUGAAUCGUGUACUGGCGGACUGAUGUACAGCCACGAACUCCAAACAUGUGAUUGGCCACGUAACGUUGGAUGCGAUGCUACUGGUGCCGUGGUUGCUGACGACCUGGAAAGGCUGAAUGAGAGGGAGCCAUCACCGCCACCACGAAGAACUCCUCCACCUCCACCUCCCCGUAUUCAGCCCAAGCCAAUUGUAACGUCACGAGGACAGCCACAAUACAGCCGACGAGAAGAAUACGAAAAGCAACAACAACUUUACGCCGAGGUGGACGAUCUGCCACCAAUCGAAGAAAUAGAGACCGAUAGACAACAGAGAGUUUACAGAGGUCAACCAUCAACAAUAGGGCAGGUUCAAAAGGACAGAGACGGAUACGUGUCGCAACCCAUUGCGUCUGGACGGACAUUGAACGCUAACAUCAUUCCCGCUUCAUUAAGCCAAAACAGCAAAAUUGGAUCUUUCUCAUUUGGAUCUCAGGUUGACGAAAGGAGAACCGCUACAGCGACGCAAGCACCUCAAACAUAUAGUGGAUAUAAUGACAACAUGACUGAUAUAUCUGACAGACUUGUAGACAUUUCGACUAAUGAACUCGGAUUUGACGAGUUUGAUGUAGAAGGACGCUCACACUCUAGAAAAAAACGCGAUACAUCAACCCCAGACCAAGGAGCUGAUAAAAAGAAUAAAACUGUUAUAGAAAAAAGAAACGAUGGCGAUCAUGUCAUGGAAUAUAUUGAAGUAGAUACAGAACCGAAUUUUAACGAGUAUUACGACGAACAAGACGAUAAUGACAGAGAUAAGAGACAAGUUAGAUAUUAUUUAAAAAAUGGAUUCAAAUCUCCGGUAAAAAUUUGGCACAAUCCGAAACAGUUGAAGGUAGCAGAUUUUCAACAGUAUAACCCUAAUUAUAAUCCCAACAUUCAAAACUCUAGACAUCAAUAUAGCAAUGAUAAUACUCGGCAACAAUCAACUCAAAACUUUUAUCCGACUAUGAACCCGUACUUAACAUAUCAAUCGGAUACUUUUCAAUCUCAAAGACCAUUCAAAGCUAGCUAUCCUGAUCCGCUCAAACAAAAGCCAUCGAAUAUUAACACUCAAAUUAUAACAAAAAGUCCACCCAUAUCGUCUUUAAAUAGUAAUGGACAUCCAUUCGCCUCUUUGUCUGGUGGAUUUUAUAACAACAAUAACGAUAAAAAUACUAAUCCGAACACACAUUAUACUUAUCAAUCCGUUACUCCUAAAUAUGUUUCCUUUCCUGAUGCUUCUCAAGUGCCCACUACACUUGUGACAGGAAAACCAUUACAAAUAAUGCCGACGAAUGCCCCCAAUAAAUAUCAUUCCAAUUAUCAAGCAGCUGAUAUUCAAUCAAGUAGGGUAAACAAUGGAAAAGACUACAAAAAUCAACAAAUUGCUGAUAAGCCUUCUGAUGAUGAUGAGGAAUAUGAUGAUGAUGAUGACGAAUCAGAUGAAGAUGAAGAAGAGCCAGAAGAAGUUUCUGAUGAGAAAAAGUUCAAUUUCAAACCGUUUUCAACCCGUUUGCCACAUGGCUACACUCACCCAAACAAUAAGUAUGCGCAUAUUGAAAAUCCCUUUGCCAAUCCAAACUUUGAUUUUGAUGCGUUUCUUGCAAAACUACGAGAUAAUCACUAUUCUGCUGUUGGAAUUACAACUUCUAAGCCAAAAAACGUGCAAGAUUUAGGCCUGAACCCUCAUUCACCAAAAGGUUAUUCUACGACACCUUCCUAUAAUAAUAAAAUAACUCAUAGUACAGCCCCUGGGUUUACAGCAGUCAGUUCUCCAAAACCAUUCACGGUGCCUCACUUUGGUAGCGACCCGACAAAUAAAAACUUUCCUUCUCUCGUAAGUCAUUUACAAAAUUUCCACCAUCCUGAAAACAAUUUUGAACCUCCUUACGAGAGUCAACCUCAAGUUUUUAAAGGUCAAACUGGCUUAAUGGCUUCUAAGUUUAAACCACCAAAUUUCAAAGAUGAUCGACAGUUACCCCUCCACUAUAACUUUAAUAAUCAUAAUCAAACCCUGGCAAUGAUACCGAAGGUACAUUCACAAUAUUUGCAUGAAGUCACUCCAAACGCUUUAAAUCACCAGUCUUACAGUAUAUCUACUGAAAAUCCUUUCAUAAUGUCUUCCAUGGCACCUGAUAAUGUGCAUAUCGGUUCUAUAAGACACUCUACUGAUAAACCUUCGUCUACAUUAGCAAAUCACCACUUAGCAGCCCUACAGAAUUAUUGGAAACAACCAUCUACUGAUUCCUCACCUACCCUGAAAUCUACACUUAGACCAAAUUACUUUUCUGACAUACCGAACUUGGAAAGUCUUUUCAAGCAAACAUUACGACCCCCUCAACUACCCGCAAAAGCUCCAGACAGCGUGCGAUACAUUACAACAACUACUACCACCCAAUCACCUCCAAAGCGCAAGCCUAUACCUAAACCUUCACCGGAAAUGAGUGAUUACUAUUACGACGAUGAAGAUGAUCAAUAUUAUUAUGAACCCGUAGUUAAGCCUAAAUACAUGCCUAUUACUGAAGUUAAACCUCAACGACCACCCAUGGCUCAAAAUUAUCAUGAGUAUGACGACACUGGUGAAAAUACCAAUGCGUUUAAAAAUUCCUUAGCGCAAAAUAUGCCAGCCAGUGCUAACUCACUUCAACAAAACAGUGUAACUAAAAACCAUAAUGAUGUAUCUGUUGUAACUAAGUCGCCAUUUAAACAAUCUUUAAAAUUUGUGCAUGGAAAGAUACCAGUUCCCGUUAUGGGUUAUGAUGCACCCGCAGACGACUCAAAUGAAUUAUCUAUGAUUCAUCAUCUACGUAAUAGAACUUAUCAUAUGAGGUUACCAAACCAUAAGGACAAUCCUUAUACACUUAAACCUCCUAAAUACCUGAACCAAACCACAUUAAGACCAUAUACUGUAAGGCACAGACUAGCUAAGCCAACAACCACAAAUGACAUGAUCAUUGAAAAUGAAGAAAACAAACAAACGAGAGGAAGAAUACGCCAUCACAAUAUUGUUGCUCAAAUGAAAUUGACUACUCCAUCUGACAGCUUAAGACAAGAAACUCGAUACACAAAGACUAGUCACGAUGACAAAACAAACAGCCUGGAGCCUACAGAGAGUAUUCCUCCAUCAUCUUACUCAGCCAGCCCACGGCCAAAAAUGCUGUAUAAUGGUUCUCAAGCCUACACUCCUGACCAAUAUGAUCCAUAUUAUGCUGUAUACGAUGAAGAUGGUGAAUUGUACAAAGACACCGAUUAUGUGCAGCAAUAUAACAUAGCCUCGGUUCGCCCGGCAGUCCAACAGACUUACCGUGGGACCCCACCAUCGCCUCGCCGACCUGUAGAAACUUAUACGCCGAGACCUGUGCUCCCAGACGACUACGACGAUGCUCUCAUACAGGGACAGGUUCCCAACCAGGAUCAAUAUCAAACAGCCAUUCGUCAGCCGAUCAGGGGCGAUGUUAAUGAAUUGGGCUAUGACCAUAUUCCAAGCAGCGUGAGAACUACUAUUUUUGAAGCUACAUCCCUAAGCACAACCCCCUCAACGACUAGCACAACCACUUCCACUACCACUACCACGACUACUACCACAAAACGUCCAACUACUGCACCCUUCACAGAGGCUAUAACAGUGUCUCGUUACAAUCCCAGAUCGUCUACUGAUGAAAAUUCAUUUCGCGAAUCCAAUCCUGACCAAGAUCAGACAAAUCUUAAUGUAUCCACUUCAACCCUCCCUACAGUGUCAUCCUCGGUCAUUAACUUUUCGUCCCUUGCAAAACCCUUUGAAAAGACUAAUAACUUAAAUAGGUUAGUUGAGAAGGUAUCUUCGACUGAACAAACUCUGACUCGCAGACCAUCUUUAGCUAUAGAGGACAAAAAUAAAUAUAAUCUGGAAGUGGUUCAAGACCGUUCUAAAAAUAUUAAUAAAAAAAUGAUAUCCCUGACAACUGGUUUUUCAAUUAGACGAAAUGCAAACGAUACAAAUAAUCCCUAUACUUUGACUGUCAGAACAAAACAAUACGACGCUUCUGAUCCACCCCAAAAAUCGUAUAAUGAUAAAGAUCGUAAAAAGCAAAAUAUUCAACGGUAUUACUACGACAUAGAACACAGCGACAUCCAGAAAGAAUUAGAAAAAACUGAAAACCUUACUACUACUUUACCAAGUAAAAAUGAUAAAAAUAUAGCAAGAGAAAUUGCAGAAGAAAAUGAUUUCGAAAUAACUUCUCCAAAAGUCACUUUAUCUCCUACAAUAAAGUUGCAGACUAGCACUACACUGCCAACUGAAUCUACUAAGUACUAUCUAAAAACAAUACGUAAAAGGCCGGCCAUACGUUUUAAAAAUAUUGAUCAAUCCACAGAAAAUAGUGUGAAAUUCGAUGACUCCGUUGAAUCAAAUAUAGAACAGCUGAAUUCGUUAGAAUCGAGUACUUCAAAACUUCUAAAUAUACUAAACGAUGAAGCAGGCAAUAAGGAAUGGGAUGAACCCGCUAUUUCACCGUACGAUACUUUAAAUAAUUUACGUAAUAAAGAACAAGACUUAGAAUAUACUUCAACCACAACCUCGACUACUACAAGUUCUUUACCACCGAUCGAACGUACGGAAAAAUAUAUAAUUGUUGAUAAACCGUCCACACGCAAACCUUUCUAUUAUACAUAUCGAGUUGCAGACGAAGAUAUUCCAGAUCAAACAACGGAAGUAUUUAAUGGUAAAGUGCGAAAUGUCAUCAAAACCUUUUUUAAUAGUUUUACAAGCACACCCAAAUUCCUGGAAUCCACCUCCAUUUUUUCGCCACCCGAAGUUGUUAAUAUAGGUUUUAAGAAAAAGAAAGUAAAUUAUUAUGAAGAAAAACCCAUACGAAACAAUGUUAAAUAUCUUCAAAUAAUAACAGAACCUAGCCUACCUGAAAUACUCCCUACAUAUACUACUGCUUCCGGUUUAAUAGAUGAUAUAUCAACUACUACAACGACGCUUAAUCCUGUACAUAAUUACUCGCCAAUAAACGAAAAUGAGAGCCCACGAACGCAACCUACUAUAAUGGAAAGUUCUACUUUCAAUAAUUUUGUAAACAUACAGAAACCUAAUUCGUACGAAUCAAAAUUCACUAAGUUCGUAACGCACAAACCCGACAAGAUAAAAUCUUCGAAGUAUUCUAAUAUAAUUGAUGAUAAAUCUCGGCAAGAUGAACUUCAGUCUACAUCACUUAACAAUGAUAUAGGUUCGAGUACAAGUGAGAAACCGGUUGAACUAUUACCGAUCAUCGUUAGUGAUAUAGCAUCGACUACUAGCACGACAAAAUCGACGACGACUAAGACUUUCGACUUGACAUCGACUAAAAACUUACCUUUCCCCACACGGGCAUCGCGUGUUAAUCCCGCCAUUAAGUUAGCUGCGAAAAACUAUGGAGAUGGGCGCAGGAGUUAUCAAUCGACGCCAAAUUGCUCAUCAGACAACCGUCUGCAAGCGAAUUCAAAAUGCAACGAAAUCAAAUACCAGAGACCAAGCAGCACCCGCGGCCGUGGUUCGGCACAUUAUUCAACUCAGGGUGGAUCUGAUUCACCUCAACAGCCACCUAACAGAGGAACCCCACCAACUCGCAGUCGUCCAACAUUGAAGCCGUCAACGGCCAUUGUUACUAAAAGUGCCGAGGGUCCAGACAUUUAUACUAAUCCUCCUAGACGCCCAGCACCUGUAUACCCUCAGCCUAUGCCAGACAAAACAGCCGCGAAAUGCAGAAAAGAUGUCUGUCUCUUACCAGACUGCUUUUGCGGAGGAAAAGAUAUUCCUGGCGAACUUCCCGUCGAGACUGUACCGCAAAUUGUUCUGCUGACCUUCGACGAUUCGGUAAACGACCUCAACAAGGGCCUGUAUUCCGACCUCUUUGAGAAGGGUCGUGUGAACCCCAACGGGUGUCCGAUCUCGGCCACAUUUUAUGUGUCGCACGAGUGGACCGACUACAGUCAAGUUCAAAAUCUCUAUUCGGCGGGUCAUGAAAUGGCAUCUCACACAGUAUCUCACAGUUUCGGAGAACAAUUUUCUCAAAAGAAGUGGAACAGAGAAAUCGGCGGCCAAAGAGAGAUUUUGGCGGCAUACGGUGGUGUCAAAUUGGAGGAUGUUAGAGGAAUGAGAGCACCAUUCCUUUCUGUAGGCGGCAAUAAAAUGUUUAAAAUGCUGUACGAUUCAAACUUCACAUAUGACUCAUCAUUGCCGGUUUACGAAAACAAACCACCUAGUUGGCCGUAUACCCUUGACUACAAACUGUUCCACGACUGCAUGAUACCACCUUGCCCGACAAAAUCAUACCCAGGAGUUUGGGAAGUACCCAUGGUGAUGUGGCAAGACCUUAACGGUGGCAGAUGUUCAAUGGGAGAUGCUUGUGCUAAUCCUCCAGAUGCGGAAGGUGUCUACAAAAUGAUCUUGAAAAACUUUGACAGACAUUAUACCACUAACAGGGCGCCGUUCGGACUCUUCUAUCACGCUGCUUGGUUUACUCAGCCUCAACAUAAAGAAGGGUUCAUCAUGUUCCUCGAUUUCAUCAACAAAAUGAAGGACGUCUGGAUUGUCACUAACUGGCAAGCGCUACAGUGGGUUCGGGAUCCCACUCCAAUUUCCCGGCUAAGCAGUUUCCAACCUUUCCAAUGCAAUUAUCAGGGCCGACCGAAGAAGUGUAACAACCCGAAAGUAUGCAAUCUAUGGCACAAAUCUGGAGUAAGAUACAUGAGGACAUGCCAGCCGUGUCCAGAGAUCUACCCGUGGACGGGAAAGACCGGCAUCAGAUCCUCUCGCAUCGAUAAUGAAAUAGAAGAAAAUUAA